UCGGAGCGACUGCUGAUUCAAAAAGUGUUCGGCGGGUUUUCGGACGAAGCUUUAAAACAAAACAAAACAAAACGAAACAAGAAAAACAAGGUUUAAAAAGUGAGUUUCCGGGGAGAGAACUGCGAUAAGAUGACGAGCACGUUGAAAGGGAUCACUCUGAAAGGAAGCGCCGAGCUGGUGGCUGAAUUCUUCACGUUUGGCAUCAAUAGCAUCCUGUACCAGCGGGGCAUCUACCCCCCAGAGACCUUCACCAGAGUCACCCAGUACGACAUGAGUCUGCAGCUCACCACCGACACCAAGCUCAAGAACUACCUGACCAAUGUGGUGUCUCAGCUCAAAGAGUGGCUGAUGGAGUGCACAGUGCAGAAACUGGUGCUGGUGGUCACCUGUCUGGACACCAACGAGGUGCUGGAGAGGUGGCAGUUUGACAUCGAGUGCGACAAAUCGGCCAAGGACAGCAGUGCCCCCAGAGAGAAGUCCCUGAAAGCCAUCCAGGAGGAGAUCCGCUCUGUCAUCAGACAGAUAACCGCCACCGUUACCUUCCUGCCGCUGCUGGAGACGCCGUGUGCCUUUGACCUCCUGGUUUACACAGACAAAGACCUGGAGGUUCCUGAUAAGUGGGAGGUGUCUGGGCCGCAGAUCAUCAGUCAGUCGGAGGAGGUGCGCCUGCGCUCCUUCACCACCUCCAUCCACAAGGUGACCAGCAUGGUGGCUUACAAGAAGAACUGUGUUUAAGCCCCGCCCACACUGACCCACAUGGGUGUAAAUAUUUCUUU